CUAGUUGUGCUCCCUCGACUCUGAUUCGCUCUUCCAGGCGGCUCAAAAAGGAUCCACAGCUUAGAGUCUCCUUCUAGCGGGGAAAAGUUUCAUUCGAAAGGCGAAAAAAGGAAAAAAAAAAAAAAAAACGGAAGUAAGGCGCUCAAAAGGUAUCCGUGACUGAGAGCCGAUUCCGUCUGUCUUGUCGCACUCAGUGGGACGAUAAGACAUCACCGGUCUUUCCUCUCGAUCCCUUCUCUUGGGACGUGGCUCGUCCGUCCUUCAGUGUACGUGUGUGAUGCUCCUCGGCUGUGAUUCAUUUCUGUUGGCGUAAUUUAAGCGGCAAAAAUAGACGAAAGGAACGAGUAGAUAAAGUAAACGAAAAAGUGCUAUCGAAAAAAACAAACAUGGCGGUCUGUUCGCUAUUCAAGUGUCCGGUGAUUUUCCUGCUGUUGAUCGCCAGUUCCCUGCUCAAUGUCGGCUUAGCUGAGGAGCCAACGUUCACUCAAUGCCGAGUACACAUCGAGGCGGCCAUCAAAGGCAUAGGAACUGACGAACAGCCAGAGCCAGAGCCAUCAAGCCUCCCUGAAGAAUCACCCGUUGAAGAACAGCUGAUCGAAGCAAUAAUCGAACAUGUUGAAGAAUUCUUCGAAGUUCAACUUCCAGAGAUCCCAGUAGAGGAACCAGUUCCUGAAAUCAUCGAAGAGGAAUCUCAUCUAGAGGAAACUCUCCCAGCUGAAGAACCCAUUUACGAAGAACCAGUGGUUGAAGAAACUGUCGCAGAAGAACUACCAGUAGCCGAAGCCCAGGUAGCCGAAGAACCACUUCCGGAAGAACCUAUUCCCGAACCUGAGCCUGUCCCAGAACCAGAAGUUGUUGAGGAACCUGUAGUAAUCGAGGAACCAGUAGUAAUUGAAGAGCCAGUAGUAAUCGAAGAACCAGUACCAGAGCCCGAGUCAGUCCCUAUAGUGGAAGAGCCUGUAUUGGAGGAGCCUGUAGUUGAGGAGCCAGUGGCCGCACCAGUAGAAGAAGUACCCGUCGUUGAAGAACCACAGGUAGCCGAACCUGAAGCUCCCGUAGUGGAAGCCGCUCCGGUGAUUGUCGAUGACCCAGCCGAAGGAACUAUCGAAGAAGCACCGGAAGAGCGACGAUCGCGGGACCACAUUGCUCAAAUCUUGCGCCUUGGCGAAGAGCCCGAGAAUAAAAUGAUGCGCGACGGUAUCGUACUUAACGUCCUCAAGGAUGUCAAGAAACUGGUAGAAAACUCUGUUCGUUCUUUGGAGGGCAUCUUCAAGUACAACGAUGUCUCAAAUCGCAACUUUGGAGAUUCCGAGAUUUUCUCCAAGCCAUUGGUACUCUUUUUGGGACCGUGGAGUGGCGGAAAAUCAUCGAUUGUCAACUACCUUCUCGGCACCGAAUACACACAGAACGCACUGAAAACAGGUGCUGAACCAUCAGCCACCUUCUUCCAGAUUCUGAUGCACGGAGAAUCUGAGGAAAUGUUGGACGGUACCCAAUUGGCUGCCGACUGGACCUUCUCCGGCCUCCAAAAGUUUGGCCAAGCUUUCAUCGAUCGACUUCGUGGCAAGCGAUUGCCCAACCAACUCCUCGAAAAGGUCAACAUUGUUGAAGUACCCGGUAUCUUGGAGGUCCGCAAGCAAGUCGACCGCCCUUACCCAUUCAACGAUGUCGUCCAAUGGUUUAUCGACCGAGCCGAUAUCAUUUUCGUCGUUUACGACCCGACUAAACUCGACACGGGACUUGAACACGAAGCUCUUUUCGACCAGCUCAAGGGACGCCAAAAUCAAGUCCGAGUGCUGUUGAACAAGGCUGAUUCUGUGACCCAGGAAGAGCUAUUGCUCAUUCAAAACAACUUGGUUUGGAACUUAUCGCCCCUGAUGGCCAGCUCUCUACCUCCCACUCUUUACGCCGGUUCAUAUUGGUCAAAACCGUACAAACCCGAUGCCCCCGUCCGACUCCUGAAAUCACACGAAACGCACAUGCUGCAAGAUCUUCGCGAUACGAUCGACAGCGUGGUUGAAAACACUAUCGCCGAGGCCCGCCGUCACGCUGUUCGAGUGAGGAACCACGCUAAGAUGGUCGAUUGCUAUUUGACAACUUUCCUGAAUCACAAAGGAUUUUUCGGUAACAAAAAAGCCGUUGCCGACGAUAUCAUCGAGAACCCCCACAACUACCACAUCUUUGAAGGCCUGAGCACUUUGAGCAACAUCUCGCGUUACGAUCUGCCUGAUUCUGAAGUUUACAAGGACUUUUUCCGUCUUCACCCACUCUACGACUUCAAGCCGCUCGCCUCCACCUGCACUUUCUUCCGCGGCUGUCCGCUCGACAAGCUCGACACUGCCAUUGCUUACGAGCUCCCCGAGCUCGUUGGCAAAUAUAAGAAGCGGUUACAAAGCAUUGUCUCCAAAAAAUCGGGCCAUUAGCUCUAUCCUAAUUUCUUCUUCAAAACCUUGCCUUUCAAGUUCAAGCCUUAUCUUUUAAAGUAACCCUUUUCCUAGUGAUAGAAUCCUAAUUGAAUAUUUGUGAAGGAGGACCCAAACAAAAAAAAAAACACAAAACCAAAGAAACAAACAAAAAUCGAGUGCUCUUCCUGAUGGAUCUAACUGGUUGUUUGUUGAUCGAUAAUCUGGAUUAAAUCUUUGACUGACGCUCGAGUCUGUUCAACGAUUUCGUCAAAGAACAAUGGGGAGUGGCGGAAGUUAGGUUAGAAGAAAAUGUAAAUGAAAUAGGCCAAAGAGUGAACAAAUCCCAUUAAACUGGACGUUAAAAAGUAACUCCCCGUCGCCAUUGCGGGUGAUAUGUGCAGAAGAAACCAGGAAUACACAAGGUCUACCAAAUAAAA